CCUCUAUGUGCAUGGUGACAACGGUGACGAAUGCAGCGGGGUUAGAGGUCAGAGUUGAAUGUUUGACAGACACCUGAAUAUGGAUUCCAUAUUUCAUGAGAAACAAGAAGGCUCUCUGUGCGCCCAGCACUGCCUCAACAACCUCCUUCAGGGUGAGUAUUUCACUCCUGUAGAUCUGUCCUCCAUUGCUCAUCAGCUUGAUGAAGAGGAGCGGAUGAGGAUGGCUGAGGGAGGCAUGGCCAGUGAGGAGUACAGGACCUUUUUACAGCAACCAUCGGGGAACAUGGAUGACAGUGGGUUCUUUUCUAUACAAGUUAUUAGCAAUGCUUUGAGCGUGUGGGGCUUGGAGCUAAUGCUCUUCAACAGCCGGGAGUAUCAGAGUCUGAUGAUAAAUCCAAUAAAUGAGAAAGCAUUCAUUUGCAACUACAAGGAGCACUGGUUUACUAUACGCAAACUUGGACAACAGUGGUUUAACCUGAAUUCACUGCUGACUGGACCAGAGUUGAUAUCAGACACCUAUCUGGCCCUUUUCCUUGCACAGUUACAACAAGAAGGUUAUUCCAUAUUUGUUAUUAGAGGGAACCUCCCAGAGUGCGAAGCAGAACAAAUUCUUAGGAUAAUGAGGGUGCAGCAGCAGCAGCGGCCCAGGCUCAUUGGAGAGGAUGAGGCACAGACAAGUGCAGGCAGGUCAGCAGCUCUUACUCAGACAGAGAUGGGCUUUGGUGUGGAGGAUGAGGUUGUGGAUGAAGAUGAAGAGCUGAAGAGGGCCCUGGCACUUAGCAGACAGGACAUCGAUGUGGAAGAUGAAGAGGCUGAUCUUCGCAGGGCCAUACAGCUCAGCAUGCAAGGAACAGUGAUGAGCAACAAAUUUUUAGAGUCUGAAGUGGGAAAUGUCAGAUCAGGGAGCCAGGAAGCAGGGAGCACAGGAGGACAGAAGGAGAUGCUCACAGCUGAGGAACUGCGGAAGAGGAGGCAAGCUUACUUUGAUCGGCAGCCACAGGCUCAGCCAAACAUUCCCCAAGAAGCAGGAACAAAAUCAACAUGUGGCUCAGGAUCAGAAAACACUGGCUUUGAGGAGGACCAACAACAACAGCCCAGCCAGUGAAGUUGUGAAAGGUUUGCAUAUGUUUACCAGCUGCCUGGAUUGGCAAACCCCUUACAGGGGUUAGCUUUGCUCCUUCCUCUAAUCUUUUGCACUUGCGAACCUAAGGACAGUCAGAAGGCUGACACAUUUCCCGUGGCUAGUUCGCUGACAAGUUAUAGAGAAGAGAACAAUGGCAGCAGUUAGUCUAAUCUAACUCAGUGUGUGACUGAGGCUGGGAAUAGGGUGACCACAGCAACCACGACACCGUCAAUUCAAUUUUGCAAUUGCCUUUGUACCAUGGCGCCUUCUAUUUCUAUUGUGUACUGUUUUUUAUUCUUAUUUUUCCCCUGGAAGAGAAGGAAAAGAUUCUUCAGCAUACAGAUGGUGUGUUUACUUGUCUGGGGGUGAAAACGUCCACAAACAGGUGGUCUGUGAAAGCUAUAGGAGACCAAUAUUUAGACCACAGACAAAAGCUUCAUAAUGACAGAACCUCUGUAAUGGACUUGGGUUUGUAGGACAUAUGAUGUGAUUUCCAUGCCCACCCCACUAGAAACACCACCGUGGUUGUAAAAUAAUUUCUUGUUGCAGUGUACUGGAAUAUCUUUCAGCCAGCAGCUCUAAUGUGUGAGGGUCAUUUAUUCCUAACAUCAUGAAUUCAGUUCAUUCAGUUUGUGAAUGUCUAAGAGUGAACUCCCACAAUAUUUAGACAACAACAUAUUUUUGAUGUUGUGGCUUUGUUAUUACCUUCUAAGUGUAUUAAGUUGCCGUAAUGAAAUUUAAGAUUACACAGCUCACAACCAUGUCAUUUAAGGAUGUUGUGUCCAUUUUGGAUGAACAAUGAACAGAAUAAUUAUAUAGAGCUAACUGCUGAAUUUAACAUAGUUUUCACUGAUGCAUAUUUUUUAGCUUGUUCAGAAUAAGGUGACGUGUAACGGGGAUCAACAAAGCAGUCUGUAAACACCGUGAUCUACAGCUGAUACACAAAUACAUCUUUCAUUUUCCAACAGUUAUGGUCGCUUAAAACCAAAAAGAGUCAUGACGUGUCCAACCAGCCUACUUUGUAUAUGACUUCCUCUGUUGUUUCUCUUCACCAGUAUUUGUCAUCAACAGUAUAUAGAAUUUGUUAUAAGGAUAAGACAAUUAAAAUGGUAGUUCCUCCCUUGAUGCCCCUCUACAAACAAACAUUUUUACACUUAUGUGUUAC